AGAAUAAACGCUUUGUUCUGCUAUAUUUUUAACUUCUUUGGGGUUGUUUAAAGGGAAUUUUCCUCGUAAUCUGUAAUUCUGCUUAAAAGAAUCCUUUUUUUUAUCUGGUUUCCCACCAGAAUUGAAAACACCAGGUAUUAACUUGAAUAGCUUCAUACCAAGCCUUUAUUUUUGUAGAAAUAAUAGAAAACGAUUUUAGUUUCAUAUUGUACAAACGAAAUCAAUUUUUACUUUCACCAGUGGCGAUUUAAGAUACAUAAACUUCCCGAGAGAAAGUGGUGCUUUAUUAUCACCCAGAAAACUUUGUAAGGUAACACAGAAACGUGUUGGAGGAAAAUUAUGAUUAUUAUUAUUAUCAUCGAUUACACAAGAGGUAAAUAAAAUGAUAAAAUCGAUUAGUUACGUUACAUUUAUCGCAUUUGAAAUUAUCCACACCGUUUUCUCUAUUACGAUCUACUUUAAUCUUUUAUAAUGAUUAUUUCAACACAUCUUUACCACAUCAAUCCGUUGAUAUUACCAAAAAAUCAACGCUCAUCCAAUCCACCUCGAUAAAGACUUUAAAGCUUCAACGUUUCGAAAUGUCCCCAUUCGAUAGUUCUUUGGCAUUUUGCUUUCACUGCACGUUGAAAACCGUCUCGUGGUAACCAUCGAAUCAAACAAGACUCAGUUUGCAAACAGAAUCGUGCUUGUUAAGAUCUCUGCGAGGUGAGGUGAAAACUUAAUCGAUUAAUUCACGAUGAUUUCGAAUCAAGAGGAAGAAAUGAGAGAAAUUUCCCGCGAAAAAGAAGAAGAAGGAGAAAAAGGAGACGAAGAAAAAGAUUUAAAAAAUAAUUUGGAAAAAGAUUUAAAAGACGAAGUGAAUAAAAGGGACCCGGAGAAGAGGCAACAAAAAAUCGAUCUUAAUUACGAGGUUAAAAUCAACGAGACGCACGUCGAUGAUAACAAUUUAACGAUGUCGACGAAAUUAUCAACGGAUCGUUUGAUUUGUAAAACGCCGAAAGAAACUCCGAAUUCCUCUUUAAACGGUGAGGAGAAAAAAGAAAAGUUAGACGCGAAAAAACCUUUGAAAAUGAAAUGUAGAAAUUUGGAGUUGUAUCUGGGGGUUUUGCAGAUUUUAUUUGGUAUUUUAAUGACGGUUCUUGGAGUUUUAACUAUUAUUCAUAAAGCUUCUUUAUCUCAAAUUGGUGGUGGAAUAUGGGGUGGUUGUUUAGCAAUUUCAAGCGGAACCGUUGGUUUAUUAACAGCUGCGAAGUCAUGUUGUCCGUUAAAAAAGCGAGCCUACGAUAUCGCCCAAACCGUAUUUUUAGCGUUGAGUUUAAUCACGGUCGCAGUUUCCCAGUUGAUUUUGGUGUUGGCAGCUACGGGGUUGUCCAGGGAUCUUCACAAGCAAAACGAAUCGGAAGUUAAUCAGGUUGACCAAGAAAAUCCAAGCAUCGAAACAAUUCCCAACGAAAAAGCGAUACUGGGCAACAUCGGGUUAAUAUUGACCUCAGCCUUACAAUUUAUCACGUCCAGUUUGGCGUGUUACAAAAUAGCGCGGUCCGUUUGUCCUUGUUUUAAAAACGACGAAGAACAGGCGCGACGCGAUUAUAACAGCAUCGGCAAACAGGCUUUUAUUAAUUCCUGGUUGGGGAAACAAAGUCCGCCUUUUUAUGUCGUCGCCGCGCCGUCAACUUUAGGCAAAGGAAGCAAGCUAUCUUCAGGUCUCUCCGUAACUCCCAUUUACACGAUACCACCUCAAAAUGUCCAACCAAGAAGUUUAAUUGGAUACCCCUUAAUCCCCGCGCCUUUAGGAAACAUCCCAUCUCCGGUUAUUAGAUCGAAUUCGAAUAGACCUAAAGAAUUUGUUUACACCCAACCAAUUUAUAAUCACAUUAAAGAAUUGGCUCUGACUGAAAAGCAAAGGAAGCGUCAAAGAAAUAAUAAAUCGCGUUCAAAAUCGAAGGAGAAAGUUUUAACCACCGAGGAAUUAACAAAAACUUACACCGGCUUAGAUCGAACGAUAGCGGAAGAGUUUAUCGAUAUUUGCGAGUCGAGAAAUAACAGUUUGUGCAGCAGCGAAUCGAGCUGUCAAAGUUGCUGUCAAUGUAACAGCGAAAACAUUUGCGGAUUGUGCGCCCCGAAUGGAAGCGAAAAAACGUCGAGGGAUUCUUUAAUUAAUACGCAAUAAUUUUAAAUGUAUUAACUCUUUGUUUAGUUACCUGUAGAAAUCUUUUCAUUUAUUUCUUUUAAUUUUAAUUCAGAUUUUUCUUCUGCAAAGUAUAAAGACAUUUUUAAAUUUAAUUGUAAAAUGUGAUAUGUAUAAAUUUUUAACCGUUAAGACGAUUUUAUUUCUUGUAUAUAUUAUAAACUUAUUGUGUUUAAUGUAAAGUAUAAUAAAUUAAUUGUCUAUAAUA